AUGAAAAUGAUGGACAGCAAGUUUCUGAAGGCAUGGCAAAAGAUGGGUGGCAAAGUCAUACCUUCAUCAGCUUGCUGCGAUAAAUGCUGCAAAUGGACUAUGUGGCCUUUUGAAAAAGAAGAGAAGUCUAUCCCAAGGGAUGUUCCGAAAGGUCAUGUGGUAGUUUAUGUAGGGAAGUACCAGAAGAGAUUUGUAAUCAAAAUUACCUUGCUAAAGCAUCCACUCUUCAAGGCAUUGCUGGAUCAAGCUCAAGAAGUUUAUGAAUUCACUGCUGAUUCGAAAUUAUGGAUCCCCUGUGAUGAGAACAUCUUCAAUAGUGUCAUUAGAUGUGCUACAUUACCAGAAAGUCGACGUAUCUCAAUCUGCUUUUGAAGGUCCAAAAUCACAAA